AGUCAUGAUGACUGUGGUGAAGAGUGACUGAAACACUGUCUAAAAUCAAAGCCAGACUCCUCCUACUCUAAUAGUUCAGUUUAUCACCUGACAAACAGAAGUGUUUGACAUGUGUCAGAGAUGGAGCUAGCUAAAAAUUAAACUUUUACUUCCAUCGUUGGCUGAAAAUAUCAACUUGAAAGACAGUUAAAUAAAACAGAAACAAUCUUAUUGAAUCUAAUGUCAAUGUUUCAAACUUUUAAAUGAAGCAGAACCUCUGCCAAAGUUUGUAGGUGCAUAGUUUAGUUUUGUUUAUCAAACUAAGGUUUGUAAGGUCAAAAUAAGUCACUGGUAACUUCCCUCUUUAAGAAGGAACAGAACGUAGAUGUGAGAACGAGCUUCACUCAUAUCAUGUCUUUGUUUGGACAUGUGUCACAUGAAUGCACAUGAAAGUUCCCUUUUUUUUCAGUCUGAGUCAUCACCGUUCCCUUAAAAGUCUGGACAAAAAAACUUUUUUGAAAUAACAGUUUUGUGAAAACAAUGGAUUGGAUUGUAAUCCACAUUAUUGAAUUGUAAUGAAUAUAAGACUAAAUCAAAACUACCUUAAAGUCUAUUUCUUGUUCUGCCAAGAGGAAACUGUAUGAAUAUUAUUAUUAUGCAAAUGACCAUACUGUGUUAAUUGAAACACUUCCUCGAGCACUUUCGUUCUAACUUCUUCUUUACCCAGAAUUCAAUCAGAAUUGUCAUCAGCAGACUGUGGUUGAAAGCACAUGAUCAGAAAGAAACAGCAAUAUUUUAAUUUGUUUAGUUUAGUUUGUCUGUUUUCCUCAGUACUGUUUGUUCCAUUAUUUUUUAUAUUCAAAUGUGUCAACUUUUUAUUUCCUUAACUUCUCCUUUUUAUUCACCUAUUUAUACUGUUCAGACCAUUCUAUAUACACCGCGUAUACCCUUCAAGGUUGGGGUCACUCAUACAAUUUUUGUUUUACAUUAAAACUUACAUGUUUAUUCAUCAAAGAGUUGAAUGAAUAGAAAAUAUAGUCAAGAUUAGAAAUAAUGAUUUUUAUUUGCAAUUAUAAUUUUAGCCUUUAAACUUUGCUUUUGUCAAAGAAUGCUCCCUUUGCAGCAAUUACAGGUAUUCUUUGGCAUUAUAGCUGUUCAUUUGUUGAAGUAAUCAACCCACAAAUGUGAUGCACCUGAUACUUAGCUAGCUAAAGGAAUGCUAGUUCUGUACUUUCUCUAACCAGAUGGUUUUCAGCUAUGCUAACAAAAAAAAAACACAGGGGUUUAAAGGAAUGUCUUUUAAUCUAUUAGCCUUCUAAUGCAAUUAGCAAACACAAUGUAGCAUUAGAACACUGGAAUAAUAGUUGCUGGAAAAUGGCCUUUAUACACCUAUAAAAAUAUUUAAGUAAAAACCAGAUGUUUGUAGCAAGAAUAGUCAUUUACCAUAUUGACAAAUGUUCUGAUUAAUUAAUGUAAUCCUCAUUGGAAAAAAACAGUUCCUUCAAAAAUAAUAACAUUUCUAAGUGACUCCAAACUUUUAAGCGGCAGUGUACGUAAAUCUGUAGUGUUAUUAGGGGUGUUAAAUUAACGAGUCAAUUGCAAUUAAUUAAUUACAGACACAGUUAGCGUGUUAUGUUUUUUAAUCACAUUAAUCAAUAUUUUAAUCUCUAACUUUACUGUUGCUGUAUGCAAGUUGCAUUUUGUUUUUUAUGGGCUUCAUGUGCUCCAGUUGUUGGGGGUGGAAAACUAGAAUAGAAUUUAUAGUUAGUUACCGAAGUGUGUUAAACCAUAAUCUGCUAUCAAAGUGUGUUAAAUCAUAAUCUGCUUGUCAGGAACAGGUACUCCUUUGUUGAAGAUGCACAGGAAAUGUCCAUCAAGAACUUCCUUUUUAGGAGAUCUUGCUUUGCACAGGAAAUAUCCUGUAAGUACUCCUAGAAAUGUUUUACGAUGUGGUCCACAAAGGAUAAGGUCUGUUCCUCAUCAAUUAUGUGAAUCGUGUGAACUUUGCCCAAAGAGUAUAUACGUAAUGAAAAAACAACUGCUCAGUACUUAUGUAACUUUCUCAAUAAAACGAGCUGCAGACCUCAUACACACUGGGACUUAGGUGAGCCAGCUCUGCGAAGCUGUUGGCCUCUCUGCUCUCCCUCACAGCGAGUAAAACUUACAAUGUUGUCAUGUGUGGUUCUUUUCAGGUCAUUCUAUCUGUGGCAGUUAGGUGACAAUAGUGGUGGCUGAAUAACGUAAUUUUCGGCACCAACAAAAACAAUGGUCAGUCACACCUGAAGUGGACAUUGAUUGGCUGUCAUUGUGUUUGGGCUGGUUUAGCAGUUCUGUUAGGCAACUGGACGUGCCUAACAGAACUUUUUAAACUUAACCAUGACCUAGAUGACUGAGAAUCUUCAUAGACAUAGAGUGAAGAACCGUGAGGAGACGUGAAAAGGGAGCAGCGUAUAAGAGUUGUCUGUCUAAUGAACGAGAAAUUUACAUUUCAAAAACAUCCUGAUGGCACCAUCGAUAAAGGUAGAGUGAUAUGCCUUCAUUGUAGGAAGGAAUUUGUAAAUAAAUGGGUCUUAUUAGAAAGCAGUAAAUGUUAUUCUUGUAAUGUUAUUCGUUAUAAGUUAAAACCUUUUAAGUGGAAGUGGACAGACUCGAGUCACAUUGUCUCUGUUGAAAGCGACCAGUUAAUCAAACGACCUUUGAAUAAGGUCACAGAUUAAAGAUUUCCUCUCAGGCAUUAAUCAAUCAUAGAGCAGAAGCAAUAGUCUAUAGUUCAGCUUUGUGAGAGUGGGUUUUUUGUGUAUGUGUUUUUGUGUGUGUGUGUCUGUGUGUGUGUUACUCUAUAUGGUGUUCCUCCUCCCCCCCAAGGAUGUCAAACCCGUUCUGCCUCCUCUUUCUUCUUUUUCUUCUUCUCCUCCUCCUCCUCCUACAAGCAUGUGACCAUGUGAUCAUGACCACUGAAGAAACUUGUGACCAAAGAAACUACACCGGCAGCAGGGGCAGCUCGAAACAGUGUGAGAUAAAAAGCUAGACAACGGUUCCACAGUUGUUCUUCAUCUAACUCCUUCUUGGGUCACACACUCAGUAUGGACUGCGGGAUACUAACGUCUAAGAGCAUCCUCCUGCUACUCAGCCUGAUAUUCUGGGCUGCAGGAGCAGCGUUGGCUUACAUCGGUGCCUAUGUGAUCAGGAGCUACAGCACCUUUGACAGUUUCAUUCAGGACAAUUUUGUUCUUGUGCCGGCAGCCAUCCUCAUCAGCGUGGCCGUGUUGAUGUUCUUCUUUGGUCUGUUGGGAUGCUGCUCCACCCUGCAGGAAUUCAAAUGUGGCCUCAGCUUUUUCUUCCUGAUCAUCAUGGCAAUGUUUGCAGCUGAAGUCGCUGCUUUAGUGUUCAGCUUUAUCUACCAGAAAAAGAUCAAUGGAGACCUGGAGCUCUCAAUGAAUGAAACUUUUGCAAAGUAUAAUGAUCCGGGCACUUGGUCCAAAGAUGUGGACUACCUGCAGACGGAGCUGCAGUGCUGUGGCAUUAAGAAUUACACCAGCUGGACCAACACAACCUGGUUCACCAGCCACAACAACACCGUUCCUCUGUCCUGCUGUAAAGCCAGCAGCACAGGCAGACUGGACCAACCAGCCGAGCUGAACAUAGAGGGUUGUGAAGGCAAACUGGAAAGCCUCAUAGAGAAUGUGUGGGGUUAUGCCGUGCUGGUUAUUUUGGGCUUUGCCAUCAUCAAGUUCUUCGGAAUGCUAAGCGUCUGUGUGAUCACCUGUCAAAUCAGCAAUCAAAGAAGUGGCUACCAGCCUUUCUAUGCCUGAAUCACUGCAGAAACUCAGUUCGAUCCACGUAGUGUGACAUUAACUGGAUGAUGUGAGCCUUUCCUGUUACAUAGGGACAAAAUAUCUGAAAGUUUUUAAUUGUAAUUUGAAAACAUGGUACUUUUAUGUAGCAGGCCCUGGUUAAUAUUGGUGUAAGGAACUUCAAAUUUUGGUAAAGGAUGCUAAAGAUUUUCCAUUUGUGAGUCCUUCAGGUCAAAACAGAGAACAGUUUUGGACAUUUAUGCUCAUGAGUCACAUGGAAUAUUUAAAGUCGAUAUAUUUUUAAAUAAAAACACUGUUUUCCUGGGGAGUACCACAACCUGCAUAGUCAGCAAAUAUGACAUUAUAUUGUAAAUCAGGAAUGCNNNNUGAGAAAAGAUUUUUUUUUUUUUGCUGUGAUUACACAGAAUAGAUACAGUAUAUUUCAUUAACGUAAGUGUAUUUAAUUAAGAUGCACAUUUGUUUUGUGAAAUGUGUGCUUAUUACGUAUCUAAAUAAAAGGGUCAAGACUUCACACAAAAAA